CACUGACUUGAACCCCGCAACCUCUAGCCUUCCCUCUGUUGAGUGAAAAAUCAUCUUGAUACCCAUCAGUGAUGACUUGCUUGACGUGUCAACGACGGAAACGCGCUUGUGAUGAGAGUAGGCCAAGAUGCGCAGCAUGCAAGACAUCCCAUUUAAAAUGCAGAUACGAACAUCCACCUCAGGUUGUGGCCUUCCAGGUUAACUCCCCGGCAAGCAUGCGGCAGAUCUACUCUCCGGAUUCGGUCGACCCUAGCACAGCGAAAGAUCCGUUAUGGGAAUAUUCGUAUCCUGGGGGGGGGACUGAACCUCAUGCAAAUCCUCAGCUCAGCCCUUCGGCAUCAUCCUCCGCCCUAUUAAAUAUUCCUGAUCUCGGGUCUGAGUCGGAGGAUAUGUUUUUAGGCAACUCUUUUCCAUUAUUGGAUUUCCCACUCGCGGGGGAUUUUCACCCCCAGUUUGGUCUGGAUGAGUUGUCCUACUCGGGUAUGGAUUUUACAAGCACUUUCAACCCGCCGGCAGCCGAUUGGAAUGCCACUCGCGAACAAGAGCCUCCUUUAAUGACCAGUAUGACAUCUCCCCAAAGUCCACUGACAGAGUCACAUGCCAUGGAAUCUUCUCGGGCAGGUGAUCGGACACCGUCACAAAAGUCAACCGAUGAGACUCUCACUGUGCACUUGCUAUCACAGCAUUUUUCUCGCCAGCUCACUGGUCGAUUCUCUUUCAAGUCGGCUGAUUGGACGUUUUACAAUUUCUUCUUUCACCGAUUCACCACUAGCCAUCCUUGGGUGCUCUCAGCCAUCCUUAGUUGGACAUCAGCGAGCAUCUUCUACUCAGGAAGAUGGAAGGACCUCGUCAUAGCAAAUUCUCAUUAUGAACAAUGUCUUUCACAGAUUAUCAAAAUCUAUGGCCGCGGUUUCGACGACGUUGAAUUUAUGUGGCCUUCCGCAUACGAUCCUGUUACAGACCAGCACUUUUCGGCAGCGAGCACAGAGGACAUUGAUGCUCUCUUCGUGAGUUGCUUCUUCCUCGCUCUUUUUGACCAGAUGGCUGCUCGCCCUAAUCAUAUAAGGAAAAUAUUCCGCUUUAUAUCUCAUGUUCUACAAGUUCCAAAUGUACGAAACAAUAUGGGGGGUGUUAGGUCUCGCGUCUCAACAUGGUUCUGUACCUUAGAAUCGAAAGCAUCUGCUUUCCAACCAGGCGAUGGUGCAAUUCUGUCCGCCCUUGGGGGUCAGGAAGGCCUUAUAUCAGCACUGAGAGCGUCGUAUGACACGCUUCAGAAGGUCUACAGUGUUACGUAUCCAGACGAAGAAAGAAGAGCCGAUGGGCUACAACUUCCACUUCUACAAAGGAUGCUUGAGCUUACCAUACUAUUAAGCGAUAUCACGCAGGAGAAAUCUCGGUUGGGCGGUGGCAGUGCAGGCAUAUCUAAAAUCCGAGCGAGCCUUAACGCACAUGCACAAGUACGUUUCCAUUUCCGGCUAUAUAUUCUUUCGCUACUAUUUCCCCUUGUUUGUCAUGUAGACUCACAAUUCUAGGCACUAGACGCGGUAUCUGAGAACGAAAGUUUGGCCGGUCGCGUCCGCUCAACCUGGCUCGUCCUCCUGGCACUCUACAAUACAGCUGAGAUAUCCUUCUCGCGGAACCUUCACGCCAGCGAGCCUCGGCACUCAGCUGAUGCAUUCGCUGUGCGGAUCAUCCAAGUGGCGCAGAAACUCGACGUUCUCCGCGGCGAAGCAUCACGUUCCACGCCGCCGCCGACUAAAAUCUGGCCGCUUCCUCUGGUUAUGGCAGCAAUCGAGGUGCGGGAUCCGAUAUACCGCGAAUGGGCUUUGCAUAAGCUAGAGGCAUAUGAGGGAACGGCGGGGCAGCAGUACACGUUUGCAAAGAUGUUUGUCGAGAGGAUGUGGGAGAGGGAGGAGGGGGCUGGGAGGAGGGU